GUGAAACAGGCGCAGAUUUGAGAUGAUGAACAUGAUCCGUGUUUAUUUGCUCGGGCGAAUCGGUGAACCAACAGUAUUUUAUUUUUAAGAUACACUAUUUCGUCGGAAUCUGCGCUUAUUGUUGAUGUACAAAGCCGGGCGCGUCUAGUGCGCGUCUUUUUUUGGAUUUUUGAAAUCAUUCACUCGAGCAGUGUGGAUGCCAUUGUUUUUGUUGUAGCCCACUCGUUUUUAGGGUUUAUUCUGGCCACAAAGAUGCCGUGGUCAAAGGACAGUGAACGCUUGUAGAUGAACAAUGGCGUGUCAAGUGGUUAGAGGAAACUUGCGCUUCUGGUCCUGAAUGCAGCGGAGAGACACCGCGCAGGGUGUCAUCGACAGCCGUGGAUGCUGCGCCGCAGAAUGGGAUACGCCGACCCAUCGUCGGGUAAAGACAUACUCGGCAAUAGGUCUCUUUGUUUUAUAUUUAUUUGCGCAUUUGGGCUCGUCACACUGUUGCAGCAGAUACUUUAUGGAAAAAACUACAUUAAAAGUGCGCAACAGUUUAGCCGACUCAAAGGGGACGAGGCAGGAAAUUGGACGGGUCCAGUUAAUUUCUCGGACGAUGGAUCUCUGAAGCCGGCCAGAAAUGGAAGGAAAAGAUGUUUCCGUCAGAAUUUUCAGCCAGAUUCUCAGAUCUCCGUAAUAGUCACACCCUGCCUAGCUGAUAUUAAGAAGAAAAAAAAACGCUCUUCCAGGUAUCUGGAGAAUUAUGAAGGCUCCUUCGAAUACAACUCCACUGCAUGCAGGGAGCUUAGACAAGAGAUUAUGGAUGUCAAAGUCCUGACAAUGGUGAAAACCUCUGAGCUGUUUGAGAGGUGGAGAAACCUUCAAGUGUGUAGAUGGGACCAGAGCAAAGAGGAGACCAGUAACUUCAAGAUGUCCUUGUCACGCUGCUGCAAUGCUCCGUCCUUUCUGUUCACCACAAAGAGAAACACUCCAGCAGGGACCAAACUGAGGUACGAGGUGGACACCAGUGGAAUCCUGCCCAUUACCACCGAAAUCUUCAAAAUGUUUCCAGAUGACAUGCCUUAUUCCAAAUCACAGUAUAAGAAAUGUGCUGUCAUAGGAAAUGGUGGCAUUAUUAAGAACAGCAAAUGCGGGAAAGAAAUUGACUCUGCUGAUUUUGUCUUUAGAUGUAAUAUUCCACCCAUUAAUGACAAGUACGCAACUGAUGUGGGAACUAAAACAGACCUGGUUACCAUAAAUCCAAGCAUUAUCACAGAAAGGUUUCAAAAGCUGGAGAAAUGGCGUCGACCGUUUUACCAAGUUCUUCAAAACUACGAGAACUCCUCCGUCGUCCUGCCGGCGUUCUACAACACCCGCAACACCGAUGUAUCUUUCCGAGUUAAGUACAUGCUAGACGACUUUGAUUCUCAGAGAGGUGUGUUUUUUUUCCACCCACAGUACCUGCUCAAUGUGCAGCGCUUUUGGGCUGUGCAGGGGGUCAGGGCCAAAAGGCUGAGCAGUGGUCUGAUGCUGGUCACGGCGGCCUUGGAGAUGUGUGAAGAGGUGCAUCUCUAUGGUUUCUGGGCAUUUCCGAUGAAUCCUUCGGGCAUCUUUAUCACGCACCAUUACUAUGACAAUGUCAAGCCACGGCCGGGCUUCCAUGCAAUGCCUCAUGAGAUUUUCAAUUUUAUCCACAUGCAUACACGUGGGAUUAUCAAUCUACACACUGGGGCCUGCAUGUGAUUCCAUGUAUUGCUGAUUUGACACGUUAUUGCUCAUGGUAACUUGCUUGCUUAUUCCACCUUUUUGUAUAUCAUACUGAUUUGGUAAGCUUCUGGAUCAUAUGAGGCUUACCUCUAGUGGAAGAAGUGUUCUCAUAGUGAUGUUGUUUCUGUGAUACAUGUUUUUUUGUGGCUCUGCUCUACAGAUUGUUUUACACUAUGGUGCACAGAAAAUUACACUGAUUUGGGGCCAUAGUGGGUGUCCUCUAUUGCCUGGGAUCCAGAACACACACUUCUUCAAUACUUUAUGUGAUGUGAGUCUGGUCAUCAGAGAAUCUCCCUGUUUUCAAAUGGGCACGGUCCAUCUGUAUUGGAAAUAAUAAAAGAAAAAAAAAUACCACAGGGGCUGAAAAACAUCACAGAUUUCUGCAGAAUGAUUGAGUAAACUCUGUUAAUCUGACGUGAGAUAAAUGUGAUUUUAUUUGAAAAUCAUCGGUGACCAAUGAGCUCCUUCGUUUCACAUGUGUCAGUGAAAAAAACAAAUUUGAUUGGAUGAUAAUGUUUGACCAGGGUUUAGAGGCAGCGGAGAACUGCUAUCAGUCUGUGUAAAACAUACAGAGAUAUUUCAUUCUGGAUUUGCCAGGCAAUGUCCUCUACCCACUCAUCCCAUUCAUUUCUUUCUGUCUGUGGCAGCUUUAAAUGUUGUGACAAACUGGAGUCAUAAAAAGCUAAAAAGAAAUUAGAAUAGACAUGGUAUACUUUUUAAUGUAAAAUAAUAAUAACAGUAUUUUUAAAACGUGCCUAUUUUCAAAGGCAAAUUUUGUUUGAAUGUUUUUCUGGUGUUUUGAGUGAAGAAUUGGAAACAUCUAUGUUGCAAUUUGAACCUGGCUCGUAGUUUCCAAUGGCACAAAUUUGAUAAAACUGUUCCUGUUAUUUACAGUAUGUUUAAAAGCAACAUAGCACUGUUGAGCGACCCAGCCUCUAUCUGUCUUAAGCCAUACUGCCUUAUAAACUGUAACAGCAGUCCACAAAAAUAAGAUGCAAUUCACCCAUGUAUACUGCUUAUAUAAUUGACAAAUGAAAUGAUUUGGCCCAGUCUAAAGGAACAUUAUGGGUAGUUUUCUGACAACUUCCUUCACAUGUGAUGCUCUGCAUGAUGUUGCUCAGUACUUAGCAUUGUGCCUGCCCGCUUUAGUACCCAUUACACUAUGUUUACAUUUGACAAGCCUUUAGCUAAUGUUGAUUUGUAUUGACAGAGUAUGAUGGAUAAUUUGUUUGUUAAUGAAAGAUGAAAAUGUAAUGAUAUGUUUAAAAACCUUGAUAUGAGAAUGAAAAUGAGUGCUUUUCCCAGACCUUUUGCUAUUGCUCUGUUCCCCAUGACGGCAAGUCUGAUUUUGCACUGUAAAAAAGCAUUGCACCUAUGAGCCCUGAUGUUCUAAAGAUAAUUUUAUUUUGCUAAUUAUUUUAUGUAAGCUUUCUUGAAUUUCUUUGCUUUAAUUUAUGAAUGAUAUUUCUAAAUAUUAUUUGAUGUUACUUUUUUACUGACAGUAUGUAUAUCUGAGAUCCACUGUUACUUAUAUGCUGAAGCAUCUGAAAAAAAAGAAAAUAGGUUUGUGUAAGUUACAUAAUGGAUCAAGUGUUUUUAAACUCUCAACUUUCUUUAUGUUUGUAAAUAAAAUUCUUAGGGUAUAUUCACA